AUGUACCGUUCAGGAAGAGCAACUCCGACCUCAAGACCCAGCUUCCCAGACCUCAAACGACCGGCAUCCGCCAGAGGAUAUAGACCUCAGCUGCCUAUGAUCUCGUCUUCGAGACCAUCCUCCAGUAUGGGCUCCAGGCCUUCCACUCCCACUUUCAGACCAGAACCAUAUACGGGCUCGAUUUCCGUCAGCAUUAGGCCAAAUCCACAUACCAGCAGCGCCGGCCUGAACCAGGUUUGGCAAAUUGAAGAAUACUCCAACACCAUCACCAAUGCCCAGGACAAUUCCUCCUACACCUUCGAUAACGUGUUCGGGCCUUCGCUAGACGUCUCCAACAGGACGGUCUACAAUCGUUCAUGUGCACAUCUUGUGAACAAAUUUCUUCAUGAGGGCUACAACUCCACGCUUUUCGCCUAUGGUAUGACAGGUUCAGGCAAGACCUACUCGAUGCGUGGUGACGACCAUGACCCGGGCUUUGUUCGUUUGGCUAUCGACGACAUUUUCACCAAAAUCGACUCUCCCAACCUGGGCUGCUCCUAUGCUCUCUCGGUGACCUACCUUGAGAUUUACAACGAGAAGAUCGUGGACCUUUUAGCCAACGGUGGUACGGCAAUGGGCUCUCACGCUGAGCUCAAAAUCAGAGACGAUCCUGACUAUGGCGUGAAGAUCAUGGGUGUCUGCAGCCCGACCGUAUCGUCCAAACAGUCCUUGCUUCAGCUUAUAAAAGCUGGUGACAUGAAACGUAAGACAUCUGCCACAGACUACAACGCUAGACUGUCUCGGUCCCACGCUAUUUUGCAAUUGCGUCUCCACACGGUAGACAUGGCUAUGAACACUGAGCACAAGGCAACCCUUUCACUCUGUGACUUGGCUGGUUCCGAAAGGGCCACUCUGUGUGCUGAGAGAAGAAAAGAGGGUUCUUUCAUCAACAAGUCACUUCUUGCGCUUUCAACUGUCAUCAACAAAUUGUCGCUAGCAUCCACCUCCGGCAGCAUGGACCACAUCCCUUAUAGAGACUCGAAGCUCACAAGGCUUCUCCAGCCUUCCCUCUCUGGGCUGGCACUAAUUCUGAUUCUAUGUAAUGUCCAUUUGGGCCUGGGGCAGUCUGCUCUCACUCAGCAGUUUGUCACGGAAACAACCAACACUCUUAGAUUUGCAGCCAGAGCUAAGGAUAUCGUGUUGCUGGUGAAAGCAAGUCACAAGCUGUCGAUUGGUGAUGCCGAGGCCCAGAGAUUGAUAGAUGAUUUAAGAAGGCAGGUGGAAUCGCAGAAGAACGAACUCACCCUUCUCAAGUUGCACUCGAACAUGCAACCUGUGGGACUGGAACCAUCUAGCGACUCCUCUGUGGCUCAACUCCAGGGAGAAAUCAAGGUUCUCAAUGAACGAAUCGAGCAUCUCAACCGCCUUUCGGACUUGAACAAAACGGAGGUGGUCCUUCUACGAAACGAUGCCUUGAACGACAUUCUCGGCAUGGAUAUUGACAAGACCUCUCAACAAAUGAUGAUGGCGAACCUUGAGGAUUUCUACAAGCGCUUGACGCAUGAAAUGGAGCAGUACAAGCAAUAUAAUGCCACAUUAGAAAAUCAGCUCCGCGCUGCUCAUCAACAGCUAGCGGCUGUUGCAAUGUCAGAGAAUAAUAAAGCUGAAAGACUAUCCGAUAAACGUUAUGAUUCAAUUGUUAGACUGCAAGAGGAAGAGAUACAACUGCUCAAAGAGACGCUUCGUGAUAAGGAUCACAUAAUUCAAGGACUUACAAAAACCACUAAACUUCGCCGUCUUGUGGACUCGUCGAACUCAAACGCUGUUCCCUCGGUUGACUACAUCAAAAGACCCACCGUUCCUCAAGCGGUUGAAAGUCCAGACAAAGAGAAUGUGGUGAGUGAGAUCCGUCAGUUUAGAUUGAGCCCGAAGAAGCCAACACUUCCUCGCUUUAAUUAG